UAGGAAUAGUGCGUGUGAGGCUGAUCUCCACCUGGAUGUGGGUGUCCAGAAGGCCUCCCUACUUGAGAUGUGUUUAUGCAUUUAUACAGAAGCAGCUAAAUAAUCCUAUUAGGAUUAAGAACAAGACCAUUUCCAAGAGCUGGAUUAUGCAGGAACCUUCUGUGUCAUGUUAAACUGUUGGUGUGUUGUUCCAGCGUUGCCAUAGGGUCUUAUUUAGGGUUAGGGUUUACCGACGAAUUAAAAAUUAAGACCAAAUUCUGUCGUGUGUUUUUUUUACUUAGUAUUUUUGAUCCAAGCCUAAUGUGAAAGUUAUAAAAAUAUGUUUUCUUUGUUUUCAUUUCAGAUUCAGCAAAUAAAAGAAUCAAAAUUUUUUUCUUGAUUUUGGGUGAAAAAUGGAAAGAUGUGAGCAUUCACUGAUUUAAGGUCCAAAAGGUCCGUCGGUAGAUUUUGUUUCAUGGGUUAGGGUUGGUUAGGGUUAACAACACCUUGGUGGGUUUGCUGCCCCCUGCUGGUUAUGUCUUGUUCAGAAACAGCAGUUAUAAAUAAAGUUUCAGCAGAUUGAAAUGGGUUUGUUAAUCUGUCAGAUUAGCUUUCUGUGGUUAAUCCAGUUUUAGUCAGCAUGUCGUACAGAAGGAACCGAGUUCUGCUGUCAGUGCUGUUGUGGGCGUCGCUGCUGUGGGCGUCGGCCUUCGUGGAAGAGCUUGAUGAUUCCUUCAUAGAAACAAAACAUCCUGAUGAGCUCUGGAUCAUCAAGUUCUACACUCCAUGGUGUACUUUCUGUAAACAACUGGAUCCUAUUUGGCAUCAGAUCGGAUCAGAACUCAGAAGUGUCGGAUCUGUAGUUCGUGUCGGCGAAUCAGACGCUACCAUCAGCACGGCUUUGGCUAAAGAGUUCAGAGUCAGAUCCUAUCCUGCCAUCCUGAUGUUGAAGAAUGAUGUGAAAUACAACUACGCUGGUCCAAGAACUAAAGAUGGAAUCCUGGACUUUACUGACCGAGUUUCAGGGCCUCCGGUCAGAUCUCUGGGCAGCACACAACUCUUCCAACAUGCCAUGAGGCGCCAUGAUGUCAUGUUUGUUUACGUAGGAGCUUCCUCAGAGCUGAAGGUGCGCACUCACACACACACUCACUCUAACACACACUCAGCUAAUCAGCUAAUCUGUUUCCAGGGAAACUACACAUCAGUAGCAGAGGAACUCAUUGUGCACACCUACUUCUUUUCUGCUAGUCGAGACGUCCUGCCAAAGGGUGUGGGUCUGACUUCUCUGCCAGCUGUGGUGGUUUUUAAAGAUGGGACGUCCUUCAGCUACAACGUGGAACAUGACAGUGACCUGAAGUCGUGGAUCCUCAGAGAACGCUUCCCGACCUUUCUCCAGAUUGACAGCUACACUUUGUAUGCCAUGGGGGAGUCAGGCAAACUUGUGUUAUUGGCUCUGGUGGAGGGUAGACACCUGAGUGAUGAAAGCCUCAGGUACAAAAAUCUGGUAGAGAAAGUGGCUUCCAACCACAAAGAGGCUUACAGCAGGAGCUUCUACUUCGGGUUCAUGGAGGGCAGCAGCUACAUCGAUGGACUCAUUAUGGGGGAGCUCACUGUGCCAUCGCUCAUCGUGGUUAAUCUGUCCAAUGAUGGUUACUUCCUGCCACUGGGCCCCGUGAAGACAGAGCGCCACCUGCUGGACUUCUUGAACGGUGUUCUGGAUGGUAGCGUGGAGAGUCUGGGAGGAAAUGGGUUCAUGCAGCGGGUUAAACGCUUUGUCUAUGAAACCAAAAUCACUCUGACGCCGUUGUUCAGAGAAGCUCCAGAACUUGGCUGCUUGUUGCUUAGCUUCCCGCUCAUCAUCGGGGCCAUCAUCUGUUGCCUCUGCAUGAAGAAUCGCCCCAACCUGACCCAAGAUCAGGACGGCACUACGCCACAGGAGCCGUCCCCCCCACGCCGCAACAAGCUGACACACAAAAAGCAGGAGUGACGAGUGCCAGACGAACUGCAAUGACCGAUUACUGAGACCAGAUCUGAGCUGGACCCAGAGUUGGAUCCAGAACAGCAUCAGGUCAGCUUCAGGUCUUGACCUGCAGCAAAGUGCUCUGAUAUGUAGAUGUGGUGAAUCAAGACAUUGUCCAUGAAUAAAGACUUUAGACGUCUCUUAA